AUGGCCUUCUGGUGGCCGCUGCUGGUGCUCGCCGCCGCAUACGCGCUCUGCCGCCUGCUCCUCCUCCUCAUCCCGCCCACCGUCCCAUCCAUCGACGUCGACGCUUCCGACGUGUUGGCCAAGGAGGACAGCUUCAUCUACAUACCGAGAAAGGGUAAAGCAGCUCAGACUGACAAGGUCCAAUGCUAUGAACCAGCGACCAUGAAAUACUUGGGGUACUUCCCUGCGUUGACUCCUGAUGAGGUCAACGAACAUGUUGCACAAGCCAGGAAAGCUCAAAAGAUAUGGGCAAAAAGCAGCUUCAAGCAAAGGCGCCAGUUUCUUCGAAUCCUUCUCAAGUAUAUUCUUGAACAUCAGGAUCUCAUAUGCGAAGUAUCGUCUCGGGACACUGGAAAGACUAUGGUUGAUGCUUCGUUAGGCGAGAUAAUGACCACAUGUGAGAAGAUUACCUGGCUUUUGGACGAGGGUGAGAAGUGGUUGAAACCUGAAUACAGAUCUACUGGGAGAUCAAUGCUGCAUAAGAGAGCAAAAGUUGAGUUUUACCCUCUUGGAGUGAUUGGUGCCAUUGUAUCUUGGAAUUAUCCCUUCCAUAAUGUUUUUAAUCCAAUGCUGGCCGCAGUAUUCUCCGGUAAUGCAGCAGUUAUAAAGGUCUCAGAAUAUGCGAGUUGGUCAGGCUGCUUUUAUUUUCGUAUCAUACAAGCAGCUCUUUCAGCUGUAGGUGCUCCUGAGAAUCUGGUGCACAUAAUAACUGGUUUUGCGGAAACAGGCCAAGCUCUUGUAUCAUCAGUGGACAAAAUAAUAUUUGUGGGAUCCCCUGGUGUUGGAAAAAUGAUCAUGAAAAGGGCAUCAGAGACUCUAAUACCUGUAACUCUUGAGCUUGGUGGCAAAGAUUCAUUUAUUGUGUGUGAAGAUGUAGAUUUACCCAGUGUUGUUCAAGUUGCCGUUAGAGCUGCUCUACAAUCUAGUGGGCAGAACUGCGCUGGUGCUGAAAGAUUUUAUGUUCACAACGACAUCUAUUCUUCCUUUGUUUCACAAGUAGUGAAGAUAGUCAAAUCUAUAUGUGUUGGCCCCCCAUUAUCAGGCAGAUAUGACAUGGGUGCAAUCUGUAUGAUGGAGCACUCUGAGAAACUUCAGAGUCUUGUUAAUGAUGCUCUAGACAAAGGUGCCGAAAUUGCCGUCAGAGGGAGCUUUGGUAAUCUUGGGGAAGACGCAGUUGAUCAAUUUUUCCCUCCAACUGUCCUGGUGAAUGUUGAUCACACAAUGAAAAUUAUGCAAGAAGAGGCAUUUGGACCGAUUCUACCAAUCAUGAAAUUCGGUUCUGAUGAAGAGGCUAUCAAACUUGCAAACGACUCAAAGUAUGGUCUUGGUUGUGCUGUUUUUUCUGGCAACCAGAAGCGUGCCAUCAGAAUAGCAUCCCAAAUACACUGUGGGGUAGCAGCAAUCAAUGAUUUUGCUUCAAGUUACAUGUGUCAGUCUUUGCCAUUCGGUGGUGUUAAAGACAGUGGAUUUGGGAGAUUUGCUGGUGUAGAAGGCUUCAUGAGCUUGCUGUCUUGUGAAUAUCCUGUCUCAGAGCAUGGAUUUGAGUUCCAGCAGUUGCUUGUGGAGACUUUGUAUGGCUAUAGCGUGUGGGACAGGUUGCGGUCCCUUGUGAAUCUUAUAAAGAUGGUUACCGAGCAGAACUCUGCCCCUGCUUCAAAUGCGAAGACAAAGAAAAGGCGAUGA